AUGGCCUCAAACAACAGAAAUUGGGGAAUGGUUAUUGGAAAUACUCCUCAAAAGGAUGACGAUGAGGAUUUAGAGGUGGAGAUGCCCAUGCAAAUCCGAUACGAUCAAUUCAGAAAUGUUGUAUUGAAUUCAUCGGAUUUGAGUCUUGAAUUGAAAUCCAUGAAACACCAACAUCAUGAAAGUUCUGAAAGCAUUGGUCAGGAUAUUGUAAUUCCAAUUCCAAUACCAAGCAAGCUUUCUCAAGAAGAUUUCUCUUCUCCCAGACAGGACCCUUCUUCAAGUAACCGUUUAAUGAACAAUAGUAAUAUCCACAACACCACAAGUACUCCGUCUUCACAUCAACUACAACCACAAGAUUCCUCUGUAUUUUCCCCCUCCAUAUACAUCCACAACAAACAGAAAACAGUGAUUAACCGAAAUAAUAAGGAAUGGAUUGAGGCUCAAAAACCCGAGAUUUUAGAGCUGGUGAAGGAAGAAUUUGAGCAUGAUGAUUUAACGAAUAUGAGAGAGAGACUCCGGUCAUUGGCUAGAGAUCAUAAAGAGGCUUUGAAAAGGAGGUCCAAAUUAGCUCGUUGGUUUGCCUCCGUUCGAUCAUGGUGGGGAGGAAACAGACUCCACAAAUACGUUUCUCGGUUUAACCCUUUCUCUAGAUCUCUGUCGGUGAUAGAACACAGAUUUGGAAGUGGAAUUGCAACCUUCUAUGAUUUUUUCUAUUCGGUGAUUAGAAUGAAUUUCUUCUUGUCAGUUUCAUCCUUUAUUUUGCUGAUCUUGCCUUGGUUGCUGAGAAAACCAUCAGAAUGGCCAGAUGUUUGGAAUUUGGAUUUAUUCCUUGGCCUUAUUGGGUUCAAAUCGAACAUGAUUGGACAGACUUUUUUCUUCUUUGGAGGAUAUGAAGAUCGAUUGGUGCUGUUUGCAACAGUUAUUUGGCCUUUUGCCUUUGUAUAUAUAUUUGUUGUGAUUUUGAACUUUGUCAUUGCAAUUGUGAUUAUUUGUAGAAGUAUUGGAGAAAAAGUAACAAACGUGCGGCGUAUGGACGAGCGUAACAUUCGAUAUUUGUCUGCUGUUUUUAAUAGUUUUUCAUUUAGUGUUAAUACAAAACAAGGGGUGAAGGAUUUACAGAGAUAUAUUGCUGCUAAACUCCAAGAGUAUAGAAAUGCAGACUUUGCAAAGGAAGCAGUGGUAUCCAGCAUGACCAAGAAAGAAAUUGCCGUUCUUGUCUUACGAAGAUUGAUUGGAAUCUCUGUCAGUGGAAUCAUAGUUUUAGGUACCCCUGUUGGUGUGUCUUUCAUCGUCCAAUAUUAUAAUGAAAUUAACUCCACAUUUCCUUACACCACGUCACUGCUGACCUCAUUCAUUUCCCUAUUCUUUCCAAUCAUUAUUUCAUACAUGGUUAUGUUGGAGGCAUAUGCUGAAAGAUCUACAAGCGAAUGGAAUAUCAUUAUUAGAACUUUUAUUGUUAAAAUGUCAACCACAGUUGCUCUAAUGAUACGACAAUUAUUCAUGUCGAAUGAUGGUGGUAAAUGCGUUCAGACAGAAGCAGGGUUAGUAUUUUGGCAGAUGAUAUGGAUCGAGUUUGGAGUCAACAUCUUCAAGACAGUUGUUUUCAUACCCAUCAUGUACAAGAUUGGACGCCAAUGCACUGCCAAAAAAAGCGCAGACGAGUACGAAGCGAAUAGGCGAGGUAAAUUGGAGUUUUCUGUUCCAGACCAUGUUAUUGAGCUCCUUUACAGACAAAGUUUAAUUUUUGUUGGUAUGAUUAUGUCGCCAAUGAUUCCAAUUGCUGGAUUGAUCUCUAACUUUAUUCUCUAUUUUGCGAAAUACUUGGUGAUGAAGCUUGUAUGCAAAUUCCCAGACAAUCCAUUCGAGAGAGGAAGAAGCAGCCCAUUUAACCUGAACAUGCUGUUUGUGACCUUUGUCCUUUGUUUGGUACCAUUAGGGUUCUUCUUAUUCCAGUCAACCGGUAAUGUUUGUGGACCAUUUAGAGCCUCUAUUCUUGCUGCAGAACAAAUGCCUGUAGAGGCAGCUAUGAACUCGUUAUCGAUGGCAUUUGCUUUUUAUCAGGAUGAAAACGCUGCCAUGACAUGGGAAAAUAUUUUGUUUUAUGCCACUCACAAAAUAACUCUUGGGUCCCUUGUUGUCUUAUUUCUGAUUGUUUCUUAUUUCCUUGCAAAGUUUACCAGCAUGUUCAGACUGAAAUAUUUAGCGGCUGAACAAAGAGCAAACUUGGAACGAAAAGAGAAAUUCCUUAUUGUUCGAGAAUAUGUACAUAGAACGAACGUAAAAUAUUGUUAA